AUGCCUGUCACUAAUCUUUUAGAUUCAAGCCUUGUGCUCGUUCAAAAACUGGUUGAGAUAAUCAACAAUGCGACGAGAGGGACAUAUGGCGAGACUAGCUGUGAGUCAUUCACCUCAAGCCGCGCGGCUUCCUAUGAUGAGCAAUCUUUUACAAGCUCAACAGUCCUACUAUUACUGAGGAUACCCCUCUUCUUCUUUAUCUCUGAGGAUUCAGUCGCGCGGCUGCUUGAUUCGAUUUGGGAAUGUGUCGCUGACCGCUUGAUAGACGUCAAAAUAUAUUGCAGGUCGAUGCGGGAUACGCUACUGAGAUGCGGUCGCAAAUAG